AUGGUUUCGAGUGAGGAAGAGUCAGAUGUUAAAGUCGGGGACACAGUGGAUUGGGACGUCGACAUGGAAAUUCAAUUAUUUUACGCUAUGGCAAAUCACAAGCCGGUGGGAAUUAAUAGAUACUUUCAAAUGGCGUGUAUAUGGGAGAAACUUUCUAACUCUAUUACAAAGGAAAUAUCGACUAAGGAUAUAUGGAAGCACCUAGAGUCAUUGUACGACAUGUCUAUGUUAGACGAAACGGAACCAAUACCAUUUCCGAAUCAUGAAGUUCCUUUCAGCUUGCCAGAAAAUGAAUUUGGUGCAUUAUUAAAGCAGAAAUGCAAAGAUGUUAUUUUGGGUGAAGAUAGUGAAGAUGGGAGAAGCCCUUCGCCCAAACCAGCCCCUAGGAGCAAUUCUCGGGGAACUGCAUCCCGAGAUAGUACAGCUUCUAAAGGUCGUAAAGACAGUAUUAGUGCUCUGGCCACUAAAACAAGGAAAGAAAGUGGAAGUUCACAUGCCUCAACGGACACACCUAGUAUUAAGUCGGAAAAAGAUUAUGAUAGGAGAAGAGAUUCUCGGGAUUCCAAUGCUUCAGGACCUAGAGACAGCUCAACAAGUAGAAAGUCAUUGCAGAAGAGUAGAGUCAGUUCUAUAGCAGAUGAAGAAAGCAGUACCCGCCGUGGUAGACGACGACCAAACACCUCAACACCGCCAUCAAGCACACCAGCCAAACGGCGCCGCCUGUGA